GAGGCUGAGAGGAGUAGGGCAGGCGCCGCGCUGGCAGGACGGGCUGAGAGCUGACAGAGUCCGACGCCUGGUGCUCCCGACUUUCUUCUUGCUAUGAAACCUACAUAGUGGAACAUGAUGAUAUGUCUCCUGAAGGGUAUGUGAUGAGGAGAAGAGUUUGGCUUUGGAGUUCUUGGAGCCAGAGGUAUUACCGAGAACUCAGAGCCCAGCCCUGACCACUGCAGAGUCCACAACACAAUGAACAAAUUGAACUUCCAUAACAACAGAGUCAUGCAAGACCGCCGGAGUGUGUGUAUUUUCCUUCCCAAUGAUGAAUCUCUGAACAUCAUCAUAAAUGUUAAAAUUCUGUGUCACCAAUUGCUCAUCCAGGUGUGUGACCUACUCAGGCUGAAGGACUGUCACCUCUUUGGACUCAGUGUUAUACAAAAUAAUGAACAUGUAUACAUGGAGUUGUCACAAAAGCUUUAUAAGUAUUGUCCAAAAGAGUGGAAGAAAGAGGCCAGCAAGGGUAUUGACCAAUUUGGACCUCCUAUGAUCAUCCACUUCCGCGUGCAGUACUAUGUGGAAAAUGGCAGAUUGAUCAGUGACAGAGCAGCAAGAUACUAUUAUUACUGGCACCUGAGAAAACAAGUUCUCCAUUCUCAGUGUGUGCUCCGAGAGGAGGCCUAUUUCCUGCUGGCAGCCUUUGCCCUGCAGGCUGAUCUUGGGAACUUCAAAAGAAAUAAGCACUAUGGAAAAUACUUUGAACCAGAGGCUUACUUCCCAUCGUGGGUUGUUUCCAAGAGAGGGAAGGACUACAUCCUAAAGCACACUCCAAACAUGCACAAAGAUCAGUUUGCACUGACAGCUUCCGAGGCUCAACUUAAAUAUAUCAGAGAGGCCGUUCGACUGGAUGGUGUCGCUGUUCACUACUACAGAUUGUAUAAGGACAAAAGGGAAAUUGAAGCUUCUCUGACCCUUGGAUUGACCAUGAGGGGAAUACAGAUUUUUCAGAAUUUAGAUGAGGAGAAACAGUUACUUUAUGAUUUCCCCUGGACAAAUGUUGGAAAGUUGGUGUUCGUGGGCAAAAAAUUUGAGAUUUCGCCAGAUGGCUUGCCCUCAGCCAGGAAGCUCAUAUACUACACGGGGUGCCCCACACGCUCCAGACACUUCCUGCAACUCCUGAGCAACAGCCACCGCCUCUACAUGAAUCUGCAGCCUGUCCUGCGCCACAUCCAGAAGCUGGAGGAAAACGAAGAGAAGAAACAGUACCGGGAGUCUUACAUUAGCAGCAACCUGGACCUCGACAUGGACCAGCUGGAAAAGCGGUCUCGGGCCAGUGGGAGCAGCGCAGGGAGCAUAAAACACAAACGCCUGUCUCGUCACUCCACCACCAGCCACAGCAGUUCCCACCCCUCAGGCAUUGAGGCAGACACGAAGCCCCGGGACGCAGGGCCGGAGGACAGCUACUCUGGCAGUGCCAUCCACCGCAAGCUGAAAACCUGCAGCUCAAUGACCAGCCACGGCAGCUCCCACACUUCGGGGGUGCAGAGCAGCGGCAAGGACCGACUAGAAGAGGAUUCACAAGAUGACGAAAUAGAGAUGUUGGUCGAUGACCCCAGGGACCUGGAGCAGAUGAAUGAAGACUCUCUGGAAGUUAGCCCGGACAUGUGCAUCUAUAUCACAGAGGACAUGCUCAUGUCACGGAAGCUAAAUGGACACUCAGGGUUGAUUGUGAAAGAUAUUGGUUCUUCCACCUCCAGCUCCUCAGAAACGGUUGUCAAACUUCGUGGCCAGAGUACUGAUUCUCUUCCACAGAGCACAUUAAAGGAAACCCAAAGGUCCAGUGUGAUAGAAUUCUGAGCAAAACAGCCCUCAUGGUGUUGAUGGUAAGAACUGAGGCUGAGCACUGCCAUGUGCCGGACCCUGCUCCUCAUAUGUUGGAAAUUCAUUUAUUAAAACAUCUAACCCUCAUACUCCCAAAGGCAAGUACUGUUAUUAUCUCAAGUUAGAGAUGAAGGAAACAAGGUUCUACCAGGAUAAG